ACUUCAAGGUUAGUUAAAGAGAAGAGCAGUCUGAGGGAAGAGAACUCCAGAGAGAUCUCCACAACAUGGCUUGCUCAGACAAAGUUAUAUCAUACAGUGAUCUGAAGUCUUUACUGGACGAGGACACUCCUGAUUUAGUUCUUAUCGAUGUCCGCACUCCAGAAGAAGUUGCAAAAGGAAAAAUCCCUGGGUCAAUUAAUAUUCCAGUGGAAUCUGUGAAGAGUGCAUUUUCCAUGGAUGAAGAUUCAUUCCUAUCAAAAUAUGGCAUUGAAAAGCCACCUUUGGAUGCACCCCAUCUUGUCUUCCAUUGUCAGCUGGGUCGCCGUGGAGACAGUGCAACGGAAACUGCUCUGGCUCUAGGAUAUAGCAGAGCUCGUAAUUAUGCCGGAGGAUACAAGGAAUGGGCUGAACGAGAAUCUCACUGAGGAGAAUACUGAAAUACAUGUAGUUUUGCUGGUCUAAUUAAAUUAUAAAAGAUAAACUAUUUGACUGUUUUGAUAACUGAACCACUUGUAUGAUGACUGUUAUAUUUCUUUCUGUAAUUUGUUUUUGCACAAAAUCAUAGUUUACAUGUAAAAAGAGCAGAAGGAGUAUUUUUGACAAAACCUUUGGCUUAACUUGACUCCUCGGCAUUUCUUCCAGAAUGCUGGUGGGUCCACACUACAAGCCUAUUUUUAAGUAGCAGCUUCUUUUAAUUGCCUUAAUGCCUUUUAUCAUUUUGAAUAAAGAUAGCAUGGUGGUA